UUACAGUUAGUUUAUUUUAACAUGUGUUUUAUAUACAGCAGGAGUAAACAUGGUGAAUGUGAAAGAGUUCACUAAAGAGAACAGAGUAACAGUUUACAGGAACAAGGAUGGAAUCCCUCGGACAUUCAGGGAAAAUGUUGAUGAAGCAAUGAGCAAACGUCCAGAAACCAAUUAUAAUAAAUACAACUGUAUUGAGUUUGUCAUGGAGCUUCUGGAAAUUUAUCUGCAGCCGACCACAUCGGACUGCUAUAACAUUGCCUCUGGCGCUAAACCAAAGGGCUUCAAAGUUAUCAAAAACUUCUCUGAUGAUUACACUGGAAAGGCAAAGCUAGGAGACCUGUUUCUCGUGCAAGCUGGGUCAUUACUUACACACCUCCAUGCUGGAGUGUUCUGCAGUGAAAAGGACCAAGAGAUUAUUCAGCUCAAUGGUGCUGUGAACCGGGUGCAUAUCAAUGGGUUCUCUCAAGGCAAGAAAUUUACAAUUUAUAGGAAGAAGACUGGAGUCUCAAGCAAAAUCCAGAAAACAAUGAAGAAAGCAAUGAGCAGCAUGCCAGAAUAUUCAGAGUCCAAUAAAAAUAAAAGUGUUCGUUUUGCCCUGGAACUGCUCUAUGGAGAAGUGGAGAAAACAGAAAGAGAUGUGGAAGGCUUGACUCAGCUGGUGUUUGGCGAUAACAGUGCAGAUCUGUAGAACCUGAAGAUUUAAAAAUGAUAGGAAAGCACCACACACACACACACACACACACACACAUAUAUGUACAGGUAGUAUUAAUUAUAUGUAGAACAAUACCUAUAUGAAAAGCUGUGUUCUUUGUUUUCUGUUCCUGUUAGACACACAGACAAACCAACAGUCCGCUAAUGGAGAGAUUCACCUUCAUCAGUGAAACAGAUGACAUUUGCAUAACACCACUUCAGCAUAAAGGCACUCACAUCAUUCAUUUCUUUAAAAAAAAAUUACAAUCUAAUUUGACCCGAGCUUUCACUAGAGCUCUGAAAACAGAAAUGAGGCUGAUCCAUCCUUUCUUCUCUACUUUAUUUUUCCAGCUUAUGUAGAUAGCCAUUUUUGCUUCUCCUACAGUGAAAUCGAUCAGUUCCCAUUUCUGUUUUUCAGCUUUUUUUAUAACCAGCUCCAAAGAUAAAAGAAACCUGGGACCAUGUUUCCAGCAGCCAUGUUUGCAUUUCAAACAACAAUGAAAAAACAGUUUCAAUUUCAGCACAGAAGGGACAUGUCUUUAUAACAUCUGGAUUUAACUUGGAAAUUAAAACAUUGACCCCCCCACAGCUCCAUGUAAUAUUCUCUGCUGUAAAUCACCCGCUCAUUUCCUAAGUGGCAGUUUAUACAACACUCUCCAUACAGGCUUAAUGUCAUCUAAAACUCCGAGCGUUUUUCUCCACACUGUAUCUAUCUGUCCUCCCA